AUGAGAGCACUUUGUUCACAGGACUGCACCAGUCUAUGCAUUCCCAUAUUUCUGAGCAUUCUGACAUGCAUGAUGCCCCCGAGAUGCAUGUCUUUCCCAGCAACGGCGGCGUACUCUGAAGAUGCACCCGACAAAGUCACAUUGAUCUCCCUCAAGAACCACAUAGCUUACGAUCCAUUCGGGGUGAUGAGUUCAUGGAAUGAUUCUCUGCCUUUCUGUAAUUGGACUGGUGUAAGACGUAGCCGCCGGCACAAAGAAAGGAUCACCUUUCUGAACCUAAUGGAUCAUCAGUUGGUCGGCACGAUACCACCAUCCAUAGGAAAUCUCUCCUUCCUCCAAUAUCUUUACCUCGCCAGCAAUGGCUUCCGGGGUCAGAUCCCUCCGGAGGUUUGUCGUUUAUACCGACUUAAGUUCCUCAACCUCAGCUAUAACGCUAUUGAGGGAGAGAUACCUAUCAAUUUGACUUCUUGUUCAGAACUUCUGGGCAUUGAUUUGACAAGCAACAAGUUAACAGGUAAGAUCCUAGUCGAACCGAAGAGUAUGCUAAUCAAACUGAUUAGUUUUCUAGUUCCCGAUAACAACCUGACAGGAAAUUUUCCAGAAUGGUUAGGAAAUUUAAGUUCACUGCUUGAAGUUGCCAUCUCAGAUAACCAUCUACAAGGUACCAUCCCCGCUGCCGUUGGGAAAAUGUCAAGAUUAAAUUUUCUGAAGAUUUCUGGAAACAAUUUCUCCGGGACUAUUCCCCCAUCAGUUUAUAAUCUUACUUCUCUCUCAAUUCUUGAUGUGGGAAACAAUAGACUGCAUGGUGAAAUUCAGCCUGAUAUUGGCUUCACUCUUCCUAAUCUAGAAGGGCUUUAUGUUGGAAGAAAUAGCUUCACAGGCAAAAUACCUGUUUCGCUACCCAAUGCAACAGGACUGGUAGAACUCGACUUCGCCGACAAUAGUUUCUCUGGAACCCUACCUCUAAACCUUGGAAACUUAGAGAGGCUUGGCAGAUUAGUUUUCCAUGAGAAUGAGUUGACAAAUUUGAAGGACGACGGCUUCAGUUUUAUGAAUUCUUUAACCAACUGUAGCGGACUCCAAAUAUUGGAUAUAAGCACGAACCAAUUUGAAGUGGACUAG